CACGUGAUCUCCUGUUCAGCAUUGCAAUGGCUUCUCUAGCUGCCAACAUCCCCCUGGCUCAGGCUACCUCGCUUGACCAGAGCCACACCAUCGUGGUCCGCAGCUCCUACCAGCGCGAUGAUUGGCGCCGCUUGCAGCUCAAUGACGCCGUCGAAGACGUCCUCUCAAAGAUCCUCAGGUUCGGCUUCGACAUCGACCGUGUUGAGGUCGCGCCUGCUACCGCCAAACCUCUUCGCAGUCAGCUCCUUGCUUGGGCCAAGCAUAUUGCCGGCGAUAUUCCUGGCUACACCAAUUGGCAGGAGAUCUACUCCUUCACGUUUGACGCUCUCUAUGUCGCCGACGCGGUCCCUGGCAGUGACGACACUCCCAUCGGUACCGAGGCCGAUCUCGUCGCAGAGCUCCAAGACGUCGAGUUAGAGCGUGACUACGCCUUGCAGAGCAAGGCAAUCGAGAAGGAACACCUCGCUGACCACGUUCUCUCUCUCGGCAAGGCGCGUACCCGCCAGGGUAUCCUCGACAACAUUGCUGCCCGCUACGCCGCUGCCAAUCCCAUGCCCCCUGCCCUCGCCCUGCUCUUCCGCAAGAUCCGCUACACCUACAAGCUGCGCGAAUGUCUUCUCGGUCAGGUUGGCUACUACAAUGGCUCGCUCGAGCUUGCCGCUGACAUGCACAACGAGUUCGAGUAUCACAUGUACUUGAUCCAGAUGCAUCUGCGCCGUCCAGAUCGCCUCCACAAAUUCAAGGCUCCCAAGGCGAUGGCCUACUACACCACCGACGAAACCAGCCUGCUCCCCUGGAACAACCAGUUCUCCUUCUCCUACGGCUAUGACGAAUUCGGACCGCAGCAGAUGCCCAUCUUCGGGAUCAACUAUAUCGAGCGCAAGCUCGUCGAAGUCCUCCGCCUCGAUGUGAACGGGAAGAAGUGGAGGGGUCUUUGCACUCUAUUGGAAUGGGACCCGCAGGAUGCUGCUCGCGUCGCCGAGCUCAGUCGCAUCAAGACCGAAUUCGUGCCCGCUGAAAGAGCAGGUCUUCCAGGUGCUGCCGGCCAUUUCCUCGGCGGCAAUCUCACUCUCAGCGACUGCGGCUUCCGCGUGCUCACCCUUCCGCGCAUCAUCACAAUCAUAAGCAACGAUGAGACCAGACGGAAGGCGUUCUAUACCCUCUUUCUCGGCCUCACCUGGUCUGACACGCCUCUCAGCAAGGAGGAGAACCCAUUCGCAGAGAUAUACCAGCGGCGCGCGAGGAGACAGCUUAGGACAGGCGUCACCAUGGAUUAUGAUCUCGCCCACCUCAAGGACAGCGAUGUCAAGGACCCCAGGAUUGCUGCCGACCGCCCUGCCAUCCUCACUCUUAAUCUCGCGCACUUCUAUCCGCAGGUCGUAGGCCGCAAGGCCAACUUCAUCCUCACCCCGGAGACGGCCAGCGCCGACUAUCGCCGCAAGCUCCAACGCCUGAGUGAAGCUCAAUUGGAUGAACUCUUCAUCAACAUCGCCACCUAUCCCCGCACCGCCAGCUUUGCUGAUAAGGUCAAUGCCAUUGUCAAGCAAGCUGUUGAAGCUGCCAUAGACUGGCAGAACCGUGCGGUUGAGAACCACCGUCCUAUCUACACCGGCACCAGCGGUCAUAUGCUUAGCUAUUCUCGUAUUGUCCUCAGCAAUAUCGAUCCGCAGGGCUGCGCCAAUGCCAACCACCCCACCCUCGAGCAGUUUCGCCUCACUUUGCUGGCCGCCAUUAUCGGUUUCAAUCAGCACCACACUUAUGACGAGUGCAUGGUUGCCUCCCAUGGAUUGACCCAUGGUGGUAUCACGCUCAAAUAUACGGAUCGCAUCGGCUACCGCGACAUCAUCGAUUCCACCGACUCAUUCAUCCGCAACAAGGUCGGCAAGCCAUUGCUUAGGGCGAUGAUCGCGAUUGGCAAGCAGUUCAUUGCGAACUUCGAAGAGCAUCAAGCCGCUCUUGAGCCUUCCCUUCCCCACCCAGGCUCUCUCGUUGUGCAGUGGUUCAACGACACGACUGGCCGUGACUUUGCUGCGUAGACGAGGAGAAUGGCGGUGAUCCAGCAGAACUUAUGGAUGAAAUAUGUGAUAGUUGUCUGUCUUGUUCUUGAAAUCCUUCCUAUAAUUUUAUGAUUUUGUUGAUACGGUACUUAUCUGGACUUGUGUGCAACAGGCAAGCAGUAAAGUAGUGUGACAACGACCCUAAUAAAUGUUGAAGUGUCAGG